UAGCUUCUAGCGACUAAACAAUGAUUCGCAAAAUUUGUGCAUUUCUGCUAGUUGUUUUGUGUGGUGCGAGCUACGAUAGUUCGAAACAGUACGUCAUCCCGUGUGCAAAGGCCAGCUGGAUGGGUGCGGUAGAGUAUUGCACCCGAAAUAACAUGCGUCUAGCUGUAAUCACAAACAGCGCGGAGAACCAUCUAGUUCUGGACGAAAUCCAUGCGGCGCGAGCAAACGGUAUGAAAACACUACGCAAUGUGUGGAUCGGAGCAAGUGACAAUUUGCAGGAAGGAUCUUUCAUCUGGCAUGAAACGGGAGAGCCCGUCCAGUUCACCGAUUGGGCAUGGAGGCAGCCGGAUAAUUAUGCCAGAAAUGAAGACUGUGUAGAAAUAGCCAACCGAGGAUACACCAGAUGGACGUGGGCCUGGAAUGAUUACAGAUGUACGAUAGAACAGAACUUUGUUUGUGAAAAUUAUUCAGUGCCGAUCGAUAUCCGGAAGCCUCAGGAACAGCAACGGCAGAAUAGUUUAGAAUUAUACCCUGGAAAGAUAUAAAUAAUGUUUGACAAAAAAAAUACACCAGGUGAUUAGUUAUAACAGACAGGAAAACUAUGAAAUGAAAUAUGUAUAUGAAGUUUCUUUAAUUCGUCACAUAAUAUCUGAAAUAGAUGUUCUCAGUUUUUAACUCAAGAGGGCAUUGCAAGUUAGGGGACCUCAAAGCUCAGCAGUGCUCUCAAGGUAAAAUCAGUACUGAUUACUGAUUACUCAUGGUUAUCAAAUCUCGGUGCCCUUAUGCUGCUACGCUUCAUUGAAAAGAUUUCAGUAUAACGCCCUAAGACCCUUAUUUGGAUGAUAUUUCCGAAUCAGUACUAUAAUUCUUAAGUAAAGAAGUGCAAUAAAGUCAUCCCGUGAAACAUGUUUCACUCAAGAUCAUCUUUCUGUCGAAAUUUAUGGGGUUUUAUGGAAGUGCCUGUUGAAAUUUUAGAAGAAAGCUUUGGAAUACUAAAAUGAGCCUCUGGAGGGUUUGUGAAGGAAACCCUGAAGAAAUAUAAAAAUAAAUCGCAGCGCAGGAGGAUUUUUUACAUAUAUUUCUUAGGGAUUUUCCAAACUAAUUACCAGAAGAUGUUAAUAAGAAAUAUUCAGUCGAUUCCCAAAAAAAAACUUUGUCUAUUUCCUGACAUUUUUGAAAGUAUCAUUGCUAGAAGAUCUGUAGGAAUCAGAUGAAAAUUUCUGAAGAAAUCUAAGAAUUAUUUUCUGAAUAAUAUAAGGCAAGAAUACUACCCGUAACGUGGGUAGAUCACCUUAAAAUGGUGCGUUACGGCGUAAGAUCUACCAUAACCAAUUUUGAUUUCGUAAUUUUCCAGCUCGGUUUAAAUGCAGGAAAAUUAUAAGAUCAAAAUUUGGUUUACUUUUCUGUGUUUUGUUUUAUUUUUGUAUAUUGUUUUUCACUACUAAUAUACAAUUUUUCCGUGUUAUUUGCUUGAUUUUAACUUCAACUUUAAUGAAAUAACGAUUUGUUUCAGCGCUGUUCAGAUAAAUAAAGUUGAGAUUGUAAUGUAAGUCAAUUAACAUUCUAUGUAUCAUAAUCAUAAUAUUUAUUGUUUCAGGUAAAAUCAGGUAAUUGGUCAAUUAUAUAAUUAAAUAUAUUUAAAUUAUAUGAUACUUGGGAUAUUGGAAGGGGUAGCCUAAGGAAGCUAAAUGAACUGGUUUCUGGACAAAUGUUCGUGGGGUGGUCAGACUUUGUCACGAGAUAACAACCAUCGUGUUGUCUUCCGAAGGUCUCCAGUAAAUUUAGCUUACCCUGCUACAACAAACCAUCAGGUAGAUCAUUCCCUUCCGGUAUGACUCUGCAGCCAUAGGUAAUCCUUGCGCUGAUGGUGGGUACACAAUCAUCAUCAAUCA